AAAUCACGUAUGAAAUGCUGUAUGUUAUCCAACAUUGACACAGCUCUCUUUGUGUUUGUUUUCCUCAAGGAGCAGGAGAGUGUCCAGGUAUCUGAGCAGCGCUGCAUCCAGCUGGAGUGCCAGCUGUCAGGUCUGUCAGAGCGUUUGGAGGAAGAGGAGGAGUGUUCAGCCCAGCUCGCCCUCCACAGAGAAAGGCUGGAGGCCGAGUGCAGCAGCCUUAGGAGAGACCUGGAUGAACUGGAGAGCACCCUGACUGUGGCUGAGCACAAUAAACAGUCAUUAGAUUUUGAGCUAAGGAGGCUGUCAAAAGAGCUUUUUCACAAAGACGAGGCCGUGCAGAAGCUCCAGAAGGAAAAGGACCAUCUGUUGGAGUUCAGCCAGCGGGCCAGCAAGGACCUAAAGAGUGAAGGGGAGAAGGUGUACCUGCUGAACAAAGAGAAAACCAAGCUACAGAUGCAGGCUGAAGAUUUGGGGUACCAGCUGGAGCAGGAGCGCUAUCAGCGUGCCGAGAUGGAGAAGAGCAGGAGGAGAUUGGAGAGUGACACCAGAUCCACACAGGAGAGUCUGGGAGACAUGCAGAGGAAUAGGAGUGGGCUGGAAGACCUCAUCAAAAGGAAGGACCUGGAGAUCAGCAGUACCAGCUCCAGGCUGGAAGCAGAAGAGGCCCUCAACAUUGGACUGCAGAGAAAGAGCCAGGAGCAGCAGGCUCGCAUUGAGGAGCUGGAGGAGGAGCUCGAAGCAGAGCGGUCCAUCAGAACCAAGGUGGAGAAGCAGAGAGCAGAUCUAACCAUAGAGCUGGAUGAUCUCACAGACCGACUGGAGGAAGCAGGAGGGCUCACGGCCUCACAGAUGGAGGUGAACAAGAAGCGAGAGGCUGAACUGCAGCGUCUGAGGCGAGACCUGGAGGAGACCUCCAUCCAGUCAGAAGCUCUGGCUGUGACUCUGAGGAAACGGCACAGUGAUGCCAUGGCGGAGCUGAGCGAGCAGUGUGAGGCUCUGCAGCGCAGCAGGGCCAAACUGGAGAAAGAGAAGCAGAACCUGAGGAUGGAGGUGGACGAGCUGGCCGCUUCUCUGGACAACAUGCAAAAGGCCAAGAUGUUGUCAGAUAGCCAGAUGAAGAAGCUGGAGGAGCAGCUGUCGGAUGCCAACAGGAGAGGAGACGACCUGCAGAGGGCCCAGACGGAGCUCAGUGUGGCCAGGAACAGACUCACAGCUGAUAAUGCAGACGUGAAUCGACAGAUGGAGGAGGCAGAGAGCAGAGCCAGCCAGCUGAGUCGCUCCAAGACUCAGCUCCAAUCCCAGCUGGAAGAAGUGAAGAAACAAAUGGAUGAGGAGGUCAAGGUCAGUGUGUGUGUGUGUGUCAGUCUGAGCUCAGCACGGCAGGAGUGCGAGGUGCUGAAGGAGCAGCUGGAGGAGGAGCAGGAGAGCAAACAGGAGCUGCAGCGUGUCAUCUCCAAACUCAACAGCGAGGUGACACAGUGGAGGACCAAACACGAGUCUGACAGCAUCCAGCAUGCAGACGAGCUGGAGGACACCAAGAAAAAAAUGGCCGCCAGACUGCAGGAGUCUGAGGAGGCUGUAGAAGCCACUCAAGCCAAAUGUUCUUCACUGGAGAAAACCAAACAGAGGUUGCAGGGAGAGGUGGAAGAACUGUGCAUGGACCUGGAGAAGGCCAGCAGCUGUGGUCAGGCUCUGGAUAAGAACCAGCGUUUCCUGGAGAAGCAGCUCGGAGACUGGAGGCACAAAUGUGAGGAGCUGGUGGCUGAAGUGGAAGGCUGCCAGAAGGAGAGCAGGCAACAUGCUAGCGAGCUCUUCAAACUCAAGACGGCCCACGAAGAGUCUCUGGAGCAACUGGAGGCCCUACGCAAGGAGAACAAGGCCUACCAAGAGGAGAUAACGGACCUUACAGACCAGCUCUCAGAUGGAGGUAAAAGUGUCCAUGAGCUCCAGAAAGCGAAGAAAAAGACUGAGAUGGAGAAAGAAGAGUUACAGGCCUCACUGGAAGAGUCUGAGGCAGCUUUGGAGGCUGAGGAGACCAAGGUGCUGAGGCUGCAGCUGGAGUUGUCUCAGGCUAAAGGAGAUCUGGAGCGCAGACUUCAGGAGAAGGAGGAAGAGAUGGAGGCAGCGAGAAAGAGCCACCAGAGGGCGCUGGAGUCCCUGCAGGCCAGUCUGGACGUGGAGAUGAAAGGCAAAGCGGAGGGGCUGAAGCUGAAAAAGAAACUGGAGGCUGACAUCAACGAGCUGGAGCUGCAGGUGGAGCUGUUCACCAAGAACAACACGGAGUUCAGCAAGAACAGCAAGAAGAUGCAGCAACAGAUCAAGGAGCUGCAGGCCCAGCUGGAGGAGGAGGUUCGGUGCCACGAGGAGUGCAGGGAGGAGCAGGCGGCUGUGGAGCGACGCUGCACUCUAUUGGUCAAUGAGGGGCAAGAAACCUGUGCAGCCCUGGAGAACGCAGAGAGGUCCCGCAAGGCGCUGGAGACUGAGCUGAUGGAGGCCAACGAAAAGCACAGCGACCUCAACAACCAGUUCCAGUUGGCUCUGAGUGGGAGGAGGAAGCUGGAGGUGGAUCUCCAGACUCUGCAGCAGGAGCAUGAGGAGCUGCAAGGAGAGCUGAGAGGAUCCAUAGACAGGUCCAAGAAGGCCAGCUGUGAGUUGGCGCGAGUGGGGGAGGAGCUGCGUCUGGAGCAGGAGCACACCCUCCACCUGGAGAGAGUGAAGAAAGGACUGGAGGCCCAGAUCAAAGACAUGAGCACCAGGCUGGACGAGGCCGAGCAGAUGGCUCUGAAAGGAGGCAAGAAGAUCAUCCAGAAGUUGGAGGGAAAGGUGAAGGAGAUGGAGCUGGAGUUGGACUCGGAGCAGAAGCGGCACGCUGAGACGGUGAAGACGCUGCGGAAGAAUGAGCGUCGGCUGAAGGAGCUUCUGUUCCAGUCGGAGGAGGACCAGAAGAACCAGCAGAGGAUGCAGGAGCUGGUGGACAGGCUGCAGAACAAGAUGAAGGCCUACAAGAGACAAGUGGAGGAGGCUGAGGAACAAGCUAACAUGAACUUGGCAAAGUACAGGAAGACCGUUAAUGAUUUGGAUAAUGCUGAGGAGAGAGCGGAUAUUGCUGAAGCAGCACUCUCCAAGAUGAGGCCCAGGAACAGAGGCAGCUUCGGAAAGGGAUACUCCUCUGGUUACAGCACUCCGUACCCCGGCCUGCAUCGAUCACCCAGCUCUGUGGGCUCAGAGGGCGGAGGGGAGAAGAUCCUGGACGACGGCAGUGAGACGAUCAGCUCCCUCAUCCCGACGUACAUCAACUCUCUCAAAAAUCUCAUGGUGGAUUAGAAAACAAGCAGUGACAUCAUCACAGUCAGCACAGAGCACGCUCCGGCGAUGCAUCACUCCAUCUAAGAAGUGAGAGGCUGAAACUGAAGAUCACAGCUUAAAUUACACACUCCAGCUUUAAUCCACUUCACUUUUAUAUCCACUUCAUAUAGUGUUCUAUUUAAAACAGAUUGAAUAUCGUUAGCCUCAUAGCAUAAUUGACCUAUGGCUAAGCCCCGCCCCCUCCACUCACUCGGACAAACUGUCAACAUUCGGUGACGGGCGCUAUGGCAGCUGUGACAGUCAGAGAAAUUUCACAGGAGGCAAUUAAUCACUUUUGGAGACAGAAAAAUGAAAUAUCAUCUCAAAGUAACCAAAAGGGCCUUCAUUAACAGGUUAGAGGUUUUCACUCGUCUUUUCACCCCACUGACACUGGUGCUUGGUGUAAACAAACAGAGAUCGCUAAGUGAACACCUCCUGCAGCAGCAGCACAUACACACUGUACUGCUACAGAGCUAACUGUAGCUAACUGCCGCUAACAGGUCGGCCGGCUCGUUAACAAGAGGCUCUUGUUAACGAGCCGGCCGACCUCGUUAGCGCUCGUUAAGACGGAGUCGCUGGAUUUGAUAUCGAUAGAUAUUGAUUUCUUACGGCACACUUGUGUGCCGCGGAACAGCGGUUGGGAAUCACUGCCAUAGGGAACCGGGGUACUGCUCCCAUAUUAUUGGGCUAUACCUUGUGUGAGAGUUGCAUGUACCCCAUGCACACCGUUUGACCAUUUUAAACUUAAAAUCUCAACAAAAAACACAUAAAAAUGAUUGAAAACGGACUAACUCCAAUGCAUUUCAAUGGAUGUGGAAGCAGAGAAUGUCCGAGUGUAUUGAGUUAGCUAUGCGCACUGUGAUUGGCUCAUCGCGUUUGGGGGUGUGGCUUAGCCAUAGGUCAAUUGCCUAAGUCAUUUUUUGGCCAAAUUGUGAUAUCUGCCUAACUUCACUCUCCUACCACUGCUGCAUCUUUCUGCCUUGUUGCCUAUGUUCUCAACCUAUCAGAACACUUGUUAGAGUCCAACAUCACUUUCUGCCUUCGUCAUCUCUUUGAUUUAGGCAUUUUUGCGGCUACAUACAAACCAAACUACAUUAUUUAUAUGUAAGAGAAAAAUUGCCUUAGUCAGGGCAUAUUCUGCCUAAGUCACUUUUAUCUGUUAUGAAAUCGAUGUGUUUAAUUUUUUAUACAAACUUGUUCACACUUCUAUUUGAACUUACUGUUACAAUAUCAAUUAAGAACACCAAUGGGCUUCCUAAAAAUUGUGUAUUUUCUUGUUUUCCAAAAACGUUCAAAUAUGACUUAGGCAAAUAUGCUAUGAGGCUAACGAUAUGGAAAACUGUACUGUAACUGUGUUGGACAACCAGUUUCUAAUGAACAUCAUUAACAAAUCAUUAAUUUGCAUUUGUAAAUGACACAAAAAUAAUGAAUAUGUGUUAAACUAAAGUAUAAACUAUUGACCAAUUAUAAA